AAACCGGCAGGAGAAAUGAAUCCUGCUGAAACCUUCAUGAUGGAAGAGGAGCACGAGAACAUGACAGAACAAAGAGAUACAGUGAACGUGAUAAAGGACGCACGAAAAACUAACACUAAGAAAAAGGCCUUCACAUGCCAACAAUGUGGGAAGAGUUUUUCAAGUCGGAGCUCCCUUAAAAAACACAUGAAAAAUCACGAAGAGAAACUGUUCACGUGCCAACAGUGUGGGAAGAGUUUUGCACGUCAAAUUUACCUUAAGAAGCACAUGAAAAUGCACACCGGAGAGAAGCCAUUCACGUGCCAACAAUGCGGAAAGAGUUGUGCCACCAUGUGUAACCUUAAGGCACACGAAAGACUGCACACAGGAGAGAAACCAUUCACGUGCCAUCAGUGUGGAAAGAGUUUUACAUGGCAAGUUUGUCUUAAAGAGCACCAACUCUCUCACACUGAAGAGAAGUCAUUUAACUGCGAUCGAUGCAGUAAAAAGUAUGUGACGGCAUCAAAACUUAAAAGGCACAUGAAGAGCCACACAGAUGUGAAGCAUUACAUCUGCACUGUUUGUGGAAAGAGUUUUUUAUAUGACCUCUGUUUAAAAAUUCACGAGGCAACACACACUAACACGCGAGCUCAUAUGUGCUUAGAGUGUGGCAAAGCGUUUUUAACACCAAGCUGUUUGAAAAGACAUCAGAGGACUCACACUGGAGAGAAGCCUUACAAGUGUUCAGAUUGUGAAAAGAGUUUUGCCGUGUUAGGAAAUCUGAAAACGCACAUGAGAGUGCACACUGGAGAGAAACCUUACGAGUGUUCAGACUGUGGAACGAGUUUUGCUACACCGGGACAUCUGAAAGGACACAAAAAAAUUCACACCGGAGAGAAACCUCACAAAUGCUCAGAUUGUGGAAAGAGUUUUGCCGUGUUAGGAAAUCUGAAAACGCACAUGAGAGUGCACACCGGAGAGAAACCUCACAAGUGCUCAGAUUGUGGAAUGAGUUUUGCUACAACGGGACAACUAAAAAUACACAAAACAAAUCACACUGGAGAGAAACCUCACAAGUGCUCAGAUUGUGGGAAGAGUUUUGCCGUGUUAGGAACUCUGAAAAGACACAUGAUAGUGCACACUGGAGAGAAACCAUUCCCUUGCCCCUCGUGUGAGAAGAGUUUCAGCUCGUCACAUUAUCUAAACACUCACAAAGAAAAACAACACGGUGAAACAACACCUUAAACUCUUGGUGCAGUGUGAGAAGUGUCCAAGUCAUAGAAACUUGGAUAUCUAAAGGAGAAUCUUUCUAUUUUCAGUAGUAAAUGAGUUAAAGGAACAGUAUGUAAGAAAUGUAUAUCAAUUAAUCAUAAAAUGGCCCUGAUAUGUCACUAGACAUUAAGAAAUCAUUUUCAUUUCAAAUACUUAUAUCACUGACAACAGUGGUCUGGCCAGGAUAUUGUCAGGAUAUAGUGGAGUUGCAGCCCUCAACUGAUGUUUAUGUUGUCAUUUUGUGUAUUGACCACCAGUUGUGAGAUUGCAGUACCAGUUUUAGCCACAAGUUUUGUGAUUGCAAUACCCGUUUUGGCCACAAUCCUGCAUACUGUUCCUUUAACAUUAUAUGAAGGUGUGUAUUCAGCAAGCAAAUUGGUCUUCUGAAACUAAGUGAUUGUGAACAUAUCCUUAAACUUAGUAUCAUUUAGUAGUUUAGUCAUUCUUGUAUAUCUUUUGAUAAUAAAUUACAUUUUAUUAUAACUGUCUUCUGUGU